AUGUCUGCUGGAGUAUAUACGACACCUCGAGAGAGGAUGUUUAUAGCUAAGAUGGAGCUGUUAGAAGCUGAACAAGAAGAGAGGGCGAAAUACAAGUUGGACAAGAGAGAAAGUAGGAGGAGAGUCAAGAACUCUAAGGCUGAAGAACCUGUGGCUUCAUCUUCACGUUCUGUCUCUGGCACUCUACCUUCAUCAAUCUUGCGUAAAUCUGCUACUCUCCCACCUCCAUCAUCAUAUCAGCCGCCUGCGCCUUCUUCACCGCGAUUCACCCAGAAACCCAUCGUCCCAUCCUCCUCCGCCCCAUGCCUGCCUCUUCCUCCUGCACCAAUCAUCUCCCAGAAUACGGAUUUUGGUCCUCCCAUUCAACUUCCUUCUCCCGCUACUGCCAGCACUAAUGGCGUAAGAAGACGAAGUAGCCGAGUCCGAUUCUCCGAUCAACAGCUCCAACCUACCCCAAAUCUCAAUCAGACAUUAUUCGUCUCUCGAUCUACCUCAUUGAAGGGUCUAAGGAGGGAAUCGUCAAUUGACGGUUUACGUCAGGAUCUCAUGCAAGCUUCAAGCUCACUUAAUGGACAUCGUCGACCUUCGAUGAAUAGUCCUGGCAGGAGUAAUUCGCUUGGUGGUAAGAGAUCUUCAAUGACAUCUAAUCGAUCUUCCAUCAAUUCCGAUCCGUUCAAUUGGACAACAUCGUCUUUCGGUUCUCGUUCUGGGUCGGAUGUGGAUAUUACCUCUGAAAUUGAUAUAGGAUCUAGAAAACAAAGUUUAGCAAAUACGUUCGAAGUGGAUUUGAAUCUUGAUCAAUUAGAGGACGAGUUUGGGUUGGAGAUGAGAGACGAAUUAGGAUUCAAACCUCAGAUGUUACCUUAUCCGAAGAUAUCCAAGAGAUUAUCAAGGCUAAGCUUAGAAUCUACCAACUCAAGUGUGUGGUCAAGUCAGGAUCAUGUGACUAAUCUCAGCACGAUCAAAAAUCAAGAUAUAAAGCCCAUCUAUUCUGAUUCUGUCGAUUCACCAUCGGUCAAUUCUACUUUGAAAGAAACUUUGGAAAGAUCUUCUCUAGAUUCGAUUGGAUCACAGAAUGUAAACAUUGAUGGACAAUUGAGACAAUCGAGUCAGUUCUCGCUAGAAGCUAGGAUUAUCAGCUCUGGUGCGGUCUCGAGAAAAUCAAGUUAUGCACCUUCCUCAUCGAUGGUAUCGAUGGUAGAAAAUGGUAAUACUAGUACCCCUUCUUCCUUGAGAUCAUCAGCUUCUGAGAAUGAACAAUCGUCCGGAAUCAAAACAUCGAUAUCAUUUCAACUCCCCUCUACGGCGAAUGCUCUGGCAUAUUCAAGUUUGUUACCUACCCGGAGAAAGCUGAGCGGAGCGAUAGAUGGACACAUCCCACGCAUAAACAGAGGUGGAUGGGAAGAUCCAGAACUUGGUCUCUCACCUCGAUCGGGUCCUAUAAGGGUAUCAGGUAGUCUGUCGACUGUGUCGAGGAGAUGUACCAAGCUGGCUGAGGAGGUACUACCACAACCCGAGGUGGAGCAGGAACAAGUUGAUUUAGCACCAGAAUUAGGCGCAAAGAUGGAAGAUGAACACAAGCAAGAGGUUAUUUCGGAAACAUCACAUCAAGAAGAAAUGGAUUUUACAGAAUAUCAGAACGGGCAGAGCGAUGCGACGAUUACGCCAACCAAAGGUCAUACUCGAUCAGAAUCAACUCUCAGCGCUAUAAUGGCUUUCCCCAUUCCACCCGAUAGGAUAAUAGAGAACGUUACAGUCCAAGUUGAUACUAUAGUUGAGCAGGAGAUUGUAUCUCAAGUGAACCAAUUGGCAGGAGAAAAAGUGAUUGAAAUAGCACUGAACUCAGAAAUUACCGUCCCUGCUGCUAUUGAGCCCUCCGAGUUACAAAGUGGUGUCGACGAGCAAUUGGUAAUCUCCCUCAAUUCACCUUUUGUCGAAAUUCCAAGCACCGACAUCGCUACUUUACCUUCAGUGUUACAAAUUGAUUUCCCACAUGUUGACGCUGAACUCACACGAUCCACAGUAACUCCCAGACUUGAGACUUGUCCAUCCAGUCCUGAGCUUGAGGAUAUCCUAAGGACAGUCACUCGACCUAGACGAGCCAGAAGAUCCGUCAGAGCAGAUGACUUGAACGACACCGAGACCGAGGAGAGUGAUCUAGACAUCGCCUCUCCACUUGUCAAAGUCGCUCUCAGCUCUCAUAUCCUCUCACCUAAAUCACGUCUUCUCUCUGCGUCAUCCUCAUCUUCACCUAUAUCUCGACCAGGGUCAAUCCGCUCAGUCAGCGCGAAUAGCAUCAGCACCCUAUCCUCCCUCCGAAGUGGAUUAGGUUUAACUUCGGGAAGAGGAUGGAGUGGAAGUGAAUCAGAGGAAGAAGAUUGGAUCUCCACCGUUCGACAUAUAAGGGAACGUAAAUCGCUUACACCUCAGAAGCAGAAUAGAAGGAAAUCUGAGGGAUUGACAAUCCAAGUGGAACAUGACAUCGUUACACCAACUCAGAUUAAGAGAUUAUCAACAUGUUCAACUACAUCGACAAAUUCGAACAAUAGGAAUAAAAGUACAAACAGGUAUUCUCAAUUAUCCGAAAUUUCAACUAUCACCACAACAACUACAACGUCAACGGCAACGACCGAAUCCCAUUUGCCUAUCACACCAUUAUCGCUCGAAAUGUUAACUCCCAGUACAGUCGGGUUAUUGACCAGGACCAACUCCAAUGCAUCGUCCACCUCCUCGAGUCAGAAUAACAAAAUUGGUAAUUUUCCUUGGGGAUUAUCUUCCCCUCCAGAUUCACCUAUUAGAGGAUUAUUCGUCAAUAACUUAUCGCCCACAAAGGAAUUCUUCACUUCUUUUAGAGAUACUUCCAGAGGGAAGAAGGGAAAGAGGCAAAUGCCAAUGCCUACUAGAGAAGACAUGUUGGAAGACUGGGGAGAGCCUGAGAUACUUAUUGAUCAACUUGAAGGAUUACCAGAGUCUGAUAUUGAAGAGAGAUCACUCAGGGGAUCAAUAUCGACGUUGAGUCUUAAGAGUGAUAUUAGUGUUUUGGCAGAGAGGUACGGUGGUAUAGAAAGUAGGAGAUCGACUAUCAAGUUGAGCUCGUAUCAGAAGGAGGAGAAGAGAUCGCAAAGUCCAGAUAUGUGGAUGAAUGUGGAGGGAGAGAAGAGUUUAAUGGAUGAGGAGAUGCCUGAGAUUUGA